AUGUCACACAUGGCUCAUGGCACCAAAACAGCGAAGAAGGGCGACGUCGGCGGCAGGGUUGGUGUCCCCGGCCAGACCGCCCAAGGGCCAUCCUCGAAGCAGCUCCGCGAACUGCUGCACGUCCUGAAAGGCACACCGGCCGGGGCCGUGCAGCAGGUGGGGCACUUGAUGAUGCUGUUCGUCGCGGUCGUCAAGAAACAAGCGAUCGAUCUCCUCCAGCACGCGAAAAAGGAGAUCCACAAGAAGAAGAAGGCUACGGGUGCGGCGAAGGCCGGCAAGGCCGGGAGACGCGUGACGAGCCUCCGCGGCGGUACCAAUGGUGCAGAAAAAGCUAAACGACUCCAGCGUUGGGCGGCCAAAAGCAAGACGAACGCGAGGCAGCUCCUGCAGCUUCUUCUAGGGUCUCGUGCGGCUUUGGAAGCUCGACCGGGGCUCGCCCGCCUGCUUAAACUCCACGCUCAGGAUAUCAUCAGCGAGGAGGCCAGAAAUGGAUCUUCCGCCGCGGCGGCCGCCUUCGACAUGAUGAUCACUAUCAUCGACGGCGUCCUAAGCGACGACUCAAGUAGGAGUACGCCAGCGCUCCCGACGCCGUCCUCUCCCGAACCUAACAGCGCCGUUGGAGGGGAAGAAGUGAACGAGAGACCGACGUCUACCAUCGGCGAAACGUCCACACGCCCACAGCAGCUCCUCAAACAGCUACCGCAAAACGCAUCCAAGCUCAUCGAGGCAUCUCUAUCACCGCUUUGGUCGGCAUGCUCCGAGGACUCCGUCCGGGGUAACGCAACGGGGGCCGCGACGGUGAUCGAGGAAGCGCUGUCGAAGGACGCGCAAGUCCUUGUCGCAAGGCCAUGGCCAUCACCGCUUUGGUCAUCAUCCUCUGAGGAGUCUGUCCGGGGUAACGCGACGGCGGCGGCGAUCGUGAUCAAGGCAGCGCUGUUGAAGGAGGCGCAAGCUUCAUCGUCGAAGGGGAUGCCCGAUGGCGUAGAGGAUGCGGUCGAGAGGCGGCCUAGCUCGGGCAAUAACGACGACGACGAUGGCGACGACGACCUGGCUGGGAAGCGGUCGACCUCCCGUGCGGAACGAGGCGGCGGAGACGGCGAGAACGGUGCCCCUACCCCAACCCCGUCGGCAUGCGCCGCCGACGUCGUGGACGACUCUUCGGCAGGACAGCCAGCGGCUAGGCAGGGCAGCCUUAUCCUCGACGACGAGGUGUCAAACACGUCGGAGUUCACCUGGGUGACCGCAGAGGUGUCCAAGACGUCGGGACUCACCUGGAUGACCGCGGAGGGAGGAGAAUCGACGGGAUCUCCUCAAACGACGGGCGUCACGCUCGAACAGGCGCUGGUGCUGCCUCCCGGCGUUACGAUGAGCUUCGACCGGGGGGCUUCGACGCCAAGCGAGACCCUGUCAUGGCCGUCAAGCGGAGCGGGGUCUUUCGGAGACACGAGGUUUGCGGACAACUAG